AAGGUCGAGCUCAAAACCGAUAACAGUCCGACCACUCUUGUGAAUCACUGGCUUCGAGCCCCAACCCCGACGAGACGAUUCUUAGAACCAUAUAUCCAGUCACUAGAGCGUCACUCGCCCUCUCACACUGGGAUCUAGCCAUGAAUCGACCAGGAGCUGUACCGCAAACCUUAAGGGGGAUGCCGGCUGGCUUUGGCAGCCAACAACAACCACCUCAACAGCCUGGUAGAGCAGCGUCAAGUCGGUUACCAAAUGGAAAAUUAGCAAACAAUGCGCCCGGAUGGGCUUUUGGCGGAAAUGUCCCUAUGGGCGGUGCUGCUGCUAGUAAUCUCCAGAAUGCCUCAAGGCAGUUAGGGGGAAACCUCAGUUUUGCACAGAGCUUGGGCUCGCAACCAACAUCGUCGUUGGACCCGUCGGAAUUCCCCUCUCUCUCCAAUAACGUUCAGCUUUCUAGCGGCAACCCGUCCUCGUUAUGGGCCGGAAACUCGAGACCUAUGGGUAGUGCUAUCCAGCGAAAUCAGCCCACUCCUCAUUCUCAACAAACUCAGCAGGAAGAUUUCUACUCAAAUCCUCGCGUGAAUACAACCCAAGGAGCGUUUCGGUUUGGUAACCAAGCAAGUAUGUCGCAAUCAUCUCAGCCCCAACCGAGUAGCAUUGACGACUUCCCGCCGCUCAACAACAGCCUAAGAAAUGGCGAUGGAGACAUUGCCCAGGAGCGUGGGUCUACUUUGAUGUCAACGCUGGGCUUCGGCGCCCAAGGCAACUCUGGAAGUGGUUCACUACAGGGCACACGUGCGGGUAACGGCCUACUUAAUGCGCUGUCUGCGAAUUCACGGACAACAGAUGUUCGCUCACCUGAUGGGACAACGGGGUUAGAUCUUUCUCGGUCCCAGAACCUGAGAAGCAGUAAUGAUGAGGCUCGCCAGAAACCACCUGGAUUUCGCGAUGAUCCUUUGCCGUCCCAGUCUCCUAAAGAUCCCGUGCAAUCCUCUGAAGGUCGAAAUCCCCUCGGCGCCAUUGGCACAAAUGAGUCGCAGUCGAGUAAAAACAAAGAGAACGAUAACGUGCAACCACCCAUUAUCCAUGACCCUUUGGCUGGUAUGGCAGAGAUCGACAAGUGGGGUAUCAAAGGUCUGCGUACUUUAAUGCAUAACUAUCCCGACUAUGCCGCCAGUAUUGCUGGAAUGGAUCCCGCCAGUUUCGGACUUGAUCUCACUUCACCUGCAAUGAUCUCAACGCAGAUAUGGUCUCCAUUUCAGGAUACUCCGCCGCGGCCACCCAUUCCCGACUUCCGGCUUCCAGAAUGUUACGAGGUUAAGAAUGUUGCACCUCUCCGUAACAAGAUCUCCAACUUCAACGAAGAAACGUUGAUGUGGAUUUUCUACAGCUGUCCUGGCGAUUAUCAGCAGCAGCUUGCUGCCGAACAACUUUUCCAACGGCAAUGGAGAUGGCACAAGAAACUGAAGAUCUGGUUGACUAAGGAUGAGAUUAUGCACCCGCGAAUUUUGAGUGCACAGCACGAGGAAGGGUACUACAUUGUGUGGAAUACUGACGAGUGGCGCAAGGAUAGGCGGUCACUCACGCUGCACUAUGCAGAUCUCGAAACCAACCCAAGUACAGGCUUGUAGGAGGGACAUAGAACCGGAUAUAACUGACACGAUCCUCGGUGUGAAUACGCGAUUGGCGUUUGUGUAGGUGUAUGUACUAAUGGAAACGGACGGACAUGUUUUCCCCGGAAAUGGCCUUUAGGGGGGGUUAAUGGGCUAUAGCCCUAGUGUCAUGGUAGACCAGCUUUGCCUGUGGAUUUGAAUGCCGCUCAAGGAGCAGAGAGAGCAAGAAAGUCGGCUUAUUCGAGGCAAUAGCUGUUGGCUGAAAUAAUAUCAGACGCGUGCGGGACCGAUCAUGGCUAUCACACAAUGUGUUCAUUUCUGGGGUACCUAUAGAGCCCCUAAGCCUCUCUUGACUACGAUUUCCAACAUUCCUGAAACGCGAUAAAAAAAAAGUAUAGAGUGACGAUUGGAAGUCAUGAAAGAUGAGUAUUGUAUGCCGAGUCUGUUUCGUGAGAUUCAUUUUCCUUGUUAAAAUCCUGGCCGGGUAAUUAAUUACGAGGAGUGGAUGAGGUUUUGGUUCUUAAACCUCGUGGCUCUAAUAGAUGAACGCCUGAAUCGUCGUAUUAUGUAUGCACUUUAGCUAGCGAGAGCCUUCAAGCUGAAGAGAUGAAGGUGCUCACUACC